AUGUGCAUGUCUGCUGCCUAUGCCCUAUCACGACCAUUUACGUCAACAUUGAUUCAUAUAAGAAUACAAGGCGAGAAUAUGGAAGGUGCAGCGCGUCAUGCUCAAAGAUUAGCUGGGAAUUUUCUUGAAGAUAUGGAAGCCAUACAAAAAGCUUCACGUGCAAGGGAUAGACGAGCAAUGAGUCAUUUUGAAACUAAUUCACUGGAGAACAGCAGUAUGCCACGUGUAAUUCAUACAUCAUACAGUCGUAACUUUCCACUGCAUACAAGUCGCUUGGGUUCAGUGCCCCCAACAACGGUUGGAACGUAUCGUUCAACAAUUACUAGCACAGACUAUGGAUUGCCACCUGUUGUUCAUCGUAAUUACCGAACAAAUCGGUAUAUUUAUGAAACACCAUAUUAUACAACAACAUAUAGUAACAUUGAACCUAUAAGAACUACUUAUACAAGUAUUGGACCAAGACGUUAUACUUAUUAUUAUCCAUCAGUUGUCACUACAAGACCAUUGUCAAGUUCAAGUUCUUAUAGUAAUUUGUCUAGUGAUAUGCAAGCUGAACGUAGACGAAUUGAACGUCGUAUGGACAAUUUAUUGGAUUACAAAUUGCCCUCACCUGAAUACUACAGGGAAAUGAGGGGAUCCCUACGUGCACUGAAUGACAAAUUAGAUGCUCAUCGGAAAAUGCUUGAUCGUUAUUCCGGAAUUGAUAUGAACGCUACAACGACUUCAGUACAAGAUCGAAUAGAAUCAAAAUAUCAACAACUUGCAAGCAGAAUGGGCCGUCGUACCACGGCUAUGGGAAGGGAUUAG